CAGAGACAGAGUGCGCUUCAGCAUCAUCCUUUUCCAGCUCGUAUAGGUGGCCCACAGAAGUAGAACUUUAGAGGGAACGUUAGAAGAAAACUGACUUGAUGCAAAGAGGAUUUUAAUUCGGAACGACACUCGGGAACACCUAGUACCCUGUUCCACCUAAUCGUACUGUUUAUUUGACUGUAGGAAGGCUGGGAAGUUCUGGGAUUAGAGGUGGAUGAAUGGUUACUCCAUUAUCUAGUUGUACCUGAGAGUCUCGUGACUGAUUUCAGGGUUCUUUGUCACAGCAGUGCACGCGUGCGCGCUUGUCAGUAUGCGCAGUGACAGUCUGUUGGCCCUUUUGAACUUUUGCGUGUUGCUGCGUGCGUCCGCGGGUCAAGUGUGUGCGCCGUGCCCGAACCGCGCGUGCACACCGGUCCCCGCACAAGGCUGUGAGGAAGGGCGCGUGCUGGCGCGGGACCCGUGCGGUUGUUGUGAUCAGUGCGCGCGACUCGACAUGGAGUCGUGCGGCGGCGAGAACUGGCAACUAGGCUACUGCGCCCCGGGGCUCACGUGCACCGACCUGAACCACACCGGCGAAGUAACCAGUCCUCAUAUAGGGGUCUGCAAAGUGGAGCUGAAGUGUGCUGGGAUCACAUGCCCGACUGUAGCCAUGCCCGAGUGCCCUUCUGACUCUGUGCUGAGCCACAGCUACACGCCCCCCUCAGGCUGCUGCCCCACAUUACCACCCCAAUGCACCUGUGCUCAAUGCCCACCCCAGCCAGAAUGUCCCAGUGGCCACAAACCUGUGAUCGUCAGUGAGGCCACCGAAGCACCAGGCACCUGCUGUAACUCCUACAAAUGCGAGAAAGUUACUCCCAAAUGUGUGUACAACGGGACCGAGUUUGCAGAGGGUGAGGUGUACCGCAGGGACUCCUGCUGGCUGUGUCAGUGCCGUGGAGGCAUCUCAUUCUGCUCCAAGACCGAGUGUGCUGAGCUGGAGUGUGAUAACUUUUACCUCCCAGAGGGCGAAUGCUGCCCUGUCUGCACAGUUGUGGAGCUGUUGUCAGCAGACAGCACCAAGGCCAGCUGCUGGCAGAACCAUAAGCUGCGGCAACACGAGGAGCAGUGGAAAGAGGACGACUGCACGUUCUGCCAGUGCGUGGACGGCGAGACGCACUGCACAGCCAUGGUGUGCAAACAAAGCUGCCAUAACCCUGUCAAGAUCCCUGGCGAGUGUUGCCCUUUCUGUGAGGAGCCUUCGUAUGAGACUGUGAGCCCAUUACUGUGUCCCCCACUUGAAAACUGCUCUCUGUCAGGACAUGAAUGUCUUUUUGGAUUUGAGCAGGAUCACAAUGGCUGUCUUCUCUGCCAGUGUCUAGCCAACAACUCUUGCCCUAAUCUGUCCGGCUACUGCAACAAGCAGUGCCCCAUGGGAUUUAAGAAGGAUGACCGUGGUUGUAAAGUAUGUGAAUGCAGCACACCCUCUGAGUGCAGACCUUUGACCUGCAGAAAGACCUGCCCAUAUGGCUAUGUGAGAAAUAAACAUGGCUGUGAGAUGUGUCGCUGCAUUAAGUGUCCGCCCUUCACAUGCGACAAGCAGUGCAGCGACGGCUAUAUGCAGAACAGAAAAGGCUGCCACAUCUGCCUCUGCAAAGAGAGUGAGCGUGUUAGCACUACCGCUUCAGUGCCAGCGAGCAGCCACUGUCUGACUGCGAAUGGCCAGCAGUUUGAAGAGGGCGAGAGCUGGCAUGACGGCUGCAGGGACUGUUACUGCCAUGCUGGACGUGAGAUGUGUGUCCUCAUCUCCUGCCCCGCUCCCAGCUGUACAAACCCAGUGCUCAGGUCGCAUCAGUGCUGUCCCAGCUGUGAGGAGGAGUUAGGCAGCGGGCGUCCUGAGGGAAUGGACAUGGUAGUUUGCCAAGCUCCUGGAGACGAACUUUAUGUGGAAGGUGAUACUUGGAACCUGGAUGAAUGCACUCGCUGUACCUGCAGGCAAGGCCGAGUGCUGUGUGACACAGAAGUAUGCCCCCCUGCCCUCUGCCAGACACCAACCAGAACCAAAGGAACCUGCUGCCACAGCUGCCAUGACGAAAACGCCAACUUUCUUCCUGUCAAUAACAGCCAACGAGAAUAUUGUACCUCGAGUGAUGGGGACAUACUCUUGGCUGGUGAUUCAUGGAAACCGAACGCCUGCACUAGUUGCAUUUGCAACAAUGGGACCAUUCAGUGUUUCUCCCAGAGAUGUCCAGCUGCCAGAUGCAAGGUGCCAGUGCUUCGUAAGGGACAGUGCUGUCCACAGUGUCUGGAUGUUACAACAACCUCCGUGCCAGUGAUAGCUACAACAACCAUUAAACCUAUAAGUAAAACCGGUGGCACUGUUGCGGUCACUGCAAGAGAAGUUUGGACCACAGUGUAUACAGUAGUUCCUGUUACAGAUGGUACAAUCCAGAGUGAUGUCCCAGCCGAGGUGGAAAUGUCCCUCAUCUAUCAGUCAGUAGCCUGGAUUCUGGCUGCCCUCCUCAUGACUAUAGUCAUAUUUUUCAUCGUGACUUUUCUCGUUAACAAGAAGAAAAACUGCAUACAGAUGUCCUGCUAUAACGCACCCAAAAAGACCGUGAUACUAAAGAAGCAUGUGAACAUGAGCUCGGUUGUGCAUGCAGAACCAUCCAAGGAGAACAAGCCCCAGAGCGUGAAGAACGACUGCAGCAUGACCUUCUCGCCAAGCACGAGUUCGCCCUAUGGGGAGCGGAUCAGCAUCCCACGGGCCAAGCUGAGCAACGGACAUGCGAGAGUCCAGCGUUAAGGCCUCCUGCUGGGACUACAGGAUAUUUCCUGUCAUCUCUAUUGGUUUCAUACACAUCCAUAGAGCUCACAGAGCAACUCGCACCACAUGCCAGGGAUUCUUCUGCCUUCCGUUGAGAAGGAUCUUUGGUGUUCAUUGGAGGAAAGAAUUAUUGUGAAACCUUGCAUCUUACUUUAUUAUAUUGCUGUUUUUUUUUUUUUUUUUUUUUUGGAGUGCUACAUUCUUCCUAUGGCUCUCAGAAACUGCAGAAGAAAGCAUACUUAUUUGGACAUGAGGCCAUAACAGGCCACUCUGGAGAGAUGCUGGGAUUGAGUUUAUGAAAACCAGGACUGAACAUUGCUAUAGACUUCUGCAUCAAAAUACAAUUCCAUUUACCUUAUUUGGAUCUAUCCUUUUAUAAUGCUUUAUGCUAGAAGUUUACAACCAAGCUUUGUGUUUGCUCCAGCAAAACGUGACUGGGAUAUGUACAGUAUGACCUAAAAUAGAAGGCAGCUCAUUAGCUGAUUCCUUCAUGCACCUUUGCAGGGUAAAUAUGAACAUACUGGAAAUUAUUAUGACUAAAGUACAUUCAUGGGCCACUUUAUUCAAAACACCUGCUUCAUGCAUAUAGCCAAACAAGCCAGUGCAUAAAAUCAUGCCAAUAUAGCUUAAAAGCCUCAGUUAAUGUUCACAUCAAACAGCAGAAUGGGAAACUGACCUCAGUGACUUCGGCAUGGUUGUUGGUGCCAGAUACACUGGCUUGAUUUUUUUUCCAGAAAUUGCUGAUCCCUUGUACUUUUGUUAGAACAUAAUCUGAUCCUCUGCACAUCAUAGCAUCAGAUUUCUCUUCUUGGCUGACAGGAGAGAAACCCAGAGAGCUCAUCUUCUCUUGUAGCCCAUCUACCUUAAUGCUCAAUGGGUCCUGUACUGUAUAUGAACAUACGUUUCUGCUCACCAUGGUUAUAGAAUUCUUAUUUGAUUUUCUAUAGGCUUUAUAUCAGCUCAAACAUAACUGGCCAUUUCUCUCUGACCCGUUUCAUCAACUAGGCAAUUUUGCCUGCUGUUACUCUCUAAAUUUCUUGCGCCUCUCCGUAUAAACACUACUGACAAAAAAAAAUAAAUAAAAAAAUAAAUCCCAGAUGAUCAGCAGUUUCUGAAACACUCAAACCUACCUGACUGACCCCAACAUCUGAGUCACGGAGAUCCCGUUCCCCCUCCCCAUGCUGACGUUUGACGAGGAUCUGCACGACUUUAUGCAUUGCACACUGUGUUCGUGAUUGGCUAUUGGUAAACUGCAUGAAAGCAUGAGUGUACCAAGUCUCCUAAUAAAGUGGUUUAGUGUAUAUAUUGAACAUACAGCAGAAUCUGAAUAAUCAGCAUCAUGCAAAAGGAGCAGAUCUUUAGAAUCGCUGGUUUAUGUCUAAUCUCUUUUUUUUUGUGUGUAUCAGUUGUAGUCUUAGUGACUUUUAUGAUUUCUAUUAACGGCUUCCUUAAGUAUCAACUUGUCUUAGUUCUUAAUUGACACAACAUUGAACCUUUAAGGGUUAGAAUCUAUCUGAGGGUAAAAACAUAUCUUUGGCAUCUGCUGUGCCAAUAAAAUGAAUAGAAAUAAUAACAAACAAUAAUAAUUUAAACAAAUAUAUAAAACUUAAUAAUUAAGUUUGUCAACCAUUUAUCACAUCCAAUGAAUACACUGACGGAUCAAUUCAGGCUUUAAUACUUCAGUCUCUUUCAUACAUAUAUACAUGUAUACCAGCCCAUAUUUUAUUAUAUUUCUAACUAUUAUUAUGAUAUUUAUUUUCCGCCCUACAGCCUAUAAGAUGUAAUCAAAUAACUAGUUUAUAACUCUGUAACUUGGAACUGUAACAACUACUUAUGCAUAUUAAAAUGCUGAACUAAUCGUCAUCAACUCUAAAGAGUUAACGCUGUAUCAACACCUACAGCAUUAUUAUCCGUAUGACUCAUACAGAACAGGCAGUCGGUGUUAUUCGGGUCAGUCGCUUACCAAAAAGUUACCAAGUAAAACAUUCCAGGAAAGACUGAUGCACAGACAGGGGAUAUGACGUUUCUAUCAGGAAGGUAAACUGCUUCAGUAAACAGUGUUUCUAUUUGGGUUCCACUGCCAAGAGUAAAGCCCAAACCUAAGAGUGUUACACAAUACAUUCACAGGACAAUUUCACUCAGUUUUAAUGUUGUUGUUUUUUUUAUUAGGAGUGUUGCAAUGAGGGACAGGAAAAUAUAAUGUGGGAGAGGAGUAAAACAAAGCAAGAAGAAUUUUAGAUCAUUUUAGUAGCUAUUGGCUUCGAACGACGAUAAUGACCAUGUUAGGGUUGUAUUUCCUAAAUGUAAAAAGACAGAUAAACCAUAGAUGAAGAGUACAUUAUUUAUUUUUUCAGACAGUUUUAUUUAUUAAUACUAUAGUAAAUCUGAGAAAUCUGUGUUAUUUGGAUGUUGACAGAAACCAUAUUAGCCAAAGCUGCUGUACGUUUGAUUUUGUAAACCAUUUCCAUUUCUAUCUGCUUUUUUUGGAAAAGAAAUAAAUAUAUUGUGUGA